AGCAACUCCUUGCCUACCCCAAGAUCCUUGAAGAUCAGGACCGAUAAAUUAAAUUACGGCUCUAUGAUAUAGGUUGUUGGCAUCUGUGCUGAAGUUUUCAAGCGGCGUAGGAGCUCACAUAGUCGAGAGGAAGAUCAAGGGCUAAUCCAUCAUACAGCAAGUAAGGCACAUAAGCCAAUGGGCGAGGACGAUGGUUCCAUAAGUGAAUCGGUUUACACAGAACGGGCCAUGUCUCGCCCUCUUACUCCACCUUCAGACGCAGAAACACCGAAACCGGACGAAGACACUUCUGCUGAUGAUGCUUUAUCAAUGGACUCUAAGUGGUCUUUGGAGGAUGACCUUAUUUUAUUAGAGCACGUGUUCAAAAAUCACAAGGCUCAGUGGAUGAUCGUGGAGCGGGAGUUGCAAAAGAAGCAUACCGCGUCUCUGUGUAGUGAACGAUGGGAUAGUCUCAAGAGGAAGCUACUCAAUAGCUAUACCUCGUCUCUCGCUGUUCGACCUACAGAGAACAAAUGUAAUAUAUGAUCUUUGAUGCCAUGAUAUAGUAUUGUACAUUUUUUAAAUACAUUUAACUAUUCGCUGAACAAUUAUAACCACACAUUUUGUAUCUACGCGAUUUGAA